AUGUGUCUACAUUUUCAUCCCAUGGCCGUCUCUAGGUGAUUUAGCGCCGCCAGUCUCAAGCAGGUGUCCAACAUGGCGAUCACGGGGAGCGGAUCUCUCGCUAUUUCUCUCUCUGUUUUCGUGAUUUCAGCGGCGUUUCUUCCGAAAGGAGCUGCUGAAACCGUGACAGUUGAAGGUCAGAACCUGGCGACUGACAAUGUGUCGGUGAUCGAGGGGGAAAUGGCCACCAUCAGCUGCAGAGUGAAGAACAAUGACGACUCCGUCAUCCAGCUGCUCAACCCCAACAGACAGACCAUCUACUUUAAAAACUUUAGACCUCUGAAGGACAGCCGGUUCCAGCUGGUGAAUUUCUCUGACAACGAACUGCGGGUGUCUCUGUCCAAUGUGUCACUCUCCGAUGAGGGACGCUAUGUGUGCCAGCUCUACACAGAUCCUCCUCAGGAAGCCUACGCAGACAUCACUGUCCUGGUCCCGCCAGGCAGCCCAAUCAUCGAGAGCCGCGAGGAUGUGGUCAGCGAGGGGAACGAGACGGAGCUCACCUGCACGGCCAUUGGCAGCAAGCCAGCUGCCUCCAUCAGAUGGAUGAAAGGGGAGGAAGAACUGACAGGUGAAACAACAGUUGAGGAGACGUAUGACAGGAUGUUUACUGUCUCCAGCCGGGUAAGAUUUUCUGUCACCAAAGAGGAUGAUGGAGUGCCAGUGGACUGCAUCAUCGACCACCCCGCUGCAAAGGACCUCCUGGCUCAAAGAAACUUGGAAGUGCAAUAUAAACCAGAAGUGAAGAUUGUGGUGACGUACCCUGAAGGUUUACCUAGAGAGGGUGACAAUCUAGAUUUGACAUGUAUCGCAGAAGGAAAACCACAUCCCCAUCAGAUCAACUGGCUGAGAGUGGACGAGGAUGUGCCACCUCACGCAGUGGUCACUGGCUCCGACCUCUACAUCGAGAACCUCAACAAGUCCUACAACGGCACCUAUCGCUGCGUGGCGUCCAAUGCUGUGGGAGAGGCCUACGACGACUACAUCCUCUAUGUAUAUGAUGCUCCCACUACUAGCCCCACACCCACCACCAACCCAGUCAACACGCAAGACUCUAGAGCCGGCGAGGGGGCGCCGCAGAAAAUUGACCAUGCUGUCAUUGGAGGAGUGGUUGCCGUGGUGAUGUUUGCCAUCCUCUGUGCACUCAUUGUUCUUGGUCGAUACUUUGCCAGACACAAAGGAACCUACUUCACACAUGAAGCCAAAGGGGCGGACGACGCGGCCGACGCAGACACGGCCAUCAUCAACGCGGAGGGGGGACACAACAACACAGACGAGAAGAAGGAGUACUAUAUCUAAACUGGACAGGCCAGGAGAGACGGGUGGGGAUGCUGGUGGUGGUGGUGGUGCUGUAGGAGCAUUAUGUCUAACUCCGAUUGGUUGCGGGGAGGGUGAGAUUUAAAGAGGAAGAGAAGAAAGUGGAAAGUAGGACUGGCAUGGCCAAGUGGUAAGAAUAGGCAUCGCUGAGUCUCCUAUCCGACCCUUCCUGGACUGCUGGGGCCUAUUCUGUACAGUUCAAUUAUUUUACAGACAAUUUUGUGCCUUGUUCUAUUACUUUUGUUUAUUUUGUUGUUUUUUUCCCCCUUCACAUGCUUGUUGGAUUUGAUUUUUUUCCCAUGUACUCCACCUGAUCCUUUGUUGCUUGUUGGCUUUCGGAGGAGAUUAAAUAGGCCUGGUGUUUGUCUAUGUGUGCUGCAGCUAGCUUUUAGCUCAUGUACCCAGAUCUGAGGAGCUAGCUCAUCAACACUUUUUUUUUUUUUUUAUCUCCAGAGUUCAGUAACACAUGUCUGCCUGCUCAGUCAGAGUACAACAGUAUCCUGCAAAUUCAUCACAUUUCCCCAAUACAUGCAGGUUUAAUUUCUUUAACACAAACCCUUUGAGGUCAGGUUCACUGUGUUGAUUACUAAUGUAACAGUUGUGAGUAAUCAUGCUCAUCAUAGAAUGUAUUUGUUCCUGAAAGUGAAGUAGGAGUGCCGUUAAGUAUCAUUUCACACCAAACCGCACAGUACAACUGGUCCUUCGUUUGUGUCAAAAAACAUCUGAGGAUGCGUAGAUGUGAGGUCAGUUUAGUAUUUGAUUAGGGUAUUGUGGAGUCCAGUCUAAGACAUCCUGACAGCUGUAGGUUUCUAUAGAGAAAAUCAGAACCAUUUAUUCUUUUUUCAAACUCUGUAUCAGGUUUUCUGCUGAUUGAGAGGACAACAGGAAACCAACAAUAGCAGAUAUUAUUUACUAUCAUCUUCUUUCUUUUUUGUUGUUAAAAAAAAAUAGUGUGAGUGUAUCAAGACCAGUCUUAUGUACGCUAAAUGUGAAACUACAGCCAGCAGCGGGUUAGCUUAGCUUAGCAUUAAGAAUGGAAACGGGGGGGAAACAUCUAGCCUGGCUCUGUCAUUUGUACACUUUUGUUGUUGUUAAAGGUUAAAGGUUAAGUAAACAAGAUAAAGCAUGUUAAUAUGCUGGCUGUUUCCCCCCUGAUUCCAGCCUUUGUGCUAAGCUAAGCUAACUGUCUGCUGGCUGAAGCUUCAUGUUUAGCGUGGAGACAUGAGAGUGGUACCAAUCUUAGCAUUCAACUCUCGGCAAGAAAUAAAAUAAGUGUAUUUCUAAAAAUGUCAAACUACUCUUUUAAAAAUAUCACCUGUAUCUAUUUUUUUUUGUUGUUGUCAGAACUAAUUUUUUUUAAGCAUCGAUGGGAUGGAUGGACCAAAAACAUGGCAGAAAAUGUUGCUCUAAUAAGUACAAACCAGAAGACUGAAGUCUUUUGGUUUUAGGGUCAGACCUUUUUUUGUUUUAAGUAUAAACCCUGUAGUAUCUAAAAGAGUGAACAGCUGGUCCUGCUGCAUUGAUCAUGAAAUGUUAUUCAAAUGUAUUAUUUGUUAGAUAUUAAUACAACCUACUGUGUGUGCUUUUGAUUUAAACAUGAAAUUCUUUAUCUCUCUACAUUUUUAUACCACCCACACGGUCAACCCUGGACCAGAUAUAAUAAUUAUAGGAGUCUGCAUAUAUACAGUUAAUAUUACUUGUAUACAGCAAAGGUUGAAUGCCCACUGUGCAGAGUGCUCCUCUCUAAAUAAUGGAUUUUUUAAAAACUCUAAUACAGUAUAUUGACCAUUUAACUUGAAAUGUCACAAGGACAUUGGUUUAUUUUUUUCCCCACGGUUUUUAUCUAUUUGUUUAAUUGUAAUGUGUUAAAGAGUUACACUUUGAAUGGCAAAGUUUGUAUAAGAUAUCAAAGUAUGUCCGUGUGAAUACCAUGGCUGGUGAAAAAUACGUUAUCACUGCUUAUUUCCUGGCUUAGAAAUCCUUACUACACAUACUUUUUCGCCCUUGCCCAAACGCUAGUGAAAAGACAUUCAAUCACUGCGAACAUGAAUCAGUUAUAUUUCCUUGCUGUCUGUAAAGACAUUUUACCUUUGGGCUGUCUUUGAUAAGUUGUAAGGGCUCUCGGCCUUGCAAGUUAUCAAAGAUUUGCGUAGAGCUUUAGACUUGGUUUGGGGAAGAUCAUUUUCUUACCGUCAUCCUGCAGCCUCAAACCUUCACAGAGGAGCCGUCUACUGUUACAAAUUUUUAUUUAUUUUUUCACCAACACAAAUCAGAAGACCCAACGCUCGCAGACGGAGGCGCAGUGUGCACACCAUGCAUGCUUCAUGCCUGUCACUCUGUCACAGCUAGAAGAGUAAAACCUGUUUGGUAAUUAGUGAGUGAUUUCAUUGUAUUGCCUGAAUAAGAAAAUCUGUAAAUGUAUUAUGAAAAAGGAUAACCACUGCCUUAAACCCACCUCUUGAUACUUAUCAUUAUAAAGGAAAAGACUGAAGGACUUAAUUUAGUGCCUUCUUCGAUUUUGAGGCAUAUGGUUAGUAUCGUACAGUAUCCUCAUGUACACUCUUACAGUAUAUCUUGUAUAUUUCUGUCCUUUCUAACGUACAGGGCCAAUACUGAUACACGUUGUCUGUAUUCACGUACCAUAGACUUACAUCACGAUUACGACCUGGAGCAUAAAAAAAGCUGGAAUGAGUAUGAUGUUGAAAAGAUAAAAUGUAUUUCUUUGCUCAUCAGGGUGGUGUGGCAGCUUCCACUGACUAGAAUGUCGUAUGCCAGGAUGUAGUAUUUAUUGUCUUAAUUAGUGAUCGCAAAACAGUUUUCAAUUUGGUCAUAAUUAUUUUCUCUGCUUCACUUCAUUUGUUAUUUAUUUGGAUAUCUUCAAGGACAAGGCUCAUUAGUAAUAUCAGAGAGGAAUACAGUACUAAAAGCUCUAAUAAGCUACAAAAAAAGUACAUUUUUCUUGAUUUUAGCGUUUUGGUGUCAUGGAAACAGUUAUGUGCAUGACAGUUUAUAUUUUGAGGUUUGAUAUUGGUCAUAAAUGGUUAUAAAGUGUUGCUUUUAAUCAAGUAGCAUCAAAAGAUUGUCAGAGGCAUCAUUCUAAUCCAAUUUUUGAUUUCUUUUAAAUACUUGAUAUUUAGUAUGUUUGUUUUCACUCUCUCAGGUUCAUGAGUGUUAAUAGUUGUGUUUUUUGCAUCUCAGGUAGAAUGCAAAUUUAAGGCCCCAAGUAUAUACUGUAGUACCACAGCUAUUCAAGAAGUGAAGAAAUCACAAGAUGUACAUGUUUUUUCCUCAUUUGUACAUGUUUAUGUGUUCUUAAUAUGGUGCACUGUUACAGUAAACGUUAAAUAUUAUUUUGCAUAGACCUAGUUCACAAAGAAAGAAAACUAGAUUUGUUAAGCAGACGAAAAUUAUGUACAGUCAGUGUCAACAAAAUCACAAUGAUGUUCAUGAAACUUCUUCUUCUUCUUCUUCUUCCUCCACGUAACACUUUAUACAGUAUCGGUUAUUUAGUAAUUAUAGGAUGUGACCACAGACAGUCAAUCAAGCAUCUGUUUGCAUUCAGUCGAUUCAUGCAUACAUUUUCAUAGACGAAAAGAUGGUGUAUUUACUGUGACAUGAAGUUUUAUGAAUGAUCUGUAACAUGUCUUGGAUAUUUGGAUGAAACUCAUGUUUAAAGCCUGGGGGGGGGGAGGGGGGGUUGGUUGUUUUAUUACCCCGAAAUGGUUGUUUUUGUUGUUGAAUCUUAAAUUUCUCUCUGUACCCAGGUGACAUUUUUUUCUUUUGUGUAGUGAAGAGAAUGUUUCUCAUAUGACCAUGCAUAUUUUGUAUUGGUUCACACCAACAUUUUUACAAAAGAAAAAAAAAAUCAGAAGAGUUACUUGUCUUAAUAAAAAGAUAUCAAUGUUUGAA